AUGGCCACCAACAAUCCUCUUGCAGAUAUGGCCCCCUCAAAAAGAUCCAUUUCUUCGAAAACAUUCUGUAUAGCUGGUAUCAACACCGAUGUGUUCGGUCUAGACGAAGUCUCCCCAGCCACAAAAUCGGUAUCAUGCCUCUGGCUGCUUCAUCCUCGACUUCAAACGAAAGAGAUCAUGGCUAGUGUGGCAGACAGCUGUAUUAAUGACUGGAACCGACGGCCAGCAUCUGAGAGAACUGUUGGUCUCAUUGCUGUGGCAUUUGAUCAGAGAAACCAUGGAGGUCGGAAAAUCCAUGCAUUAGCGAACGAAUCCUGUAAGUAA